GAGCCCUCACUCUUCAACUUAUUUGACCCCCGGGCAGCGUCACAAAAUCCGAAGGGUCGCAGUGGCACGUGCACGCCGCUCAGCAUUUCCAACAUCUUCGCCCGCCAGCAGCUCGCGCCUAACAUGAGUGACUUCUUUUGGCUGCGGUGCAGUCCUCGCGCUGUCACCGUUGUUGGAUCUGGAGGCUGGUUUUGUUGUUGCUCUGACGUCAGCGAGAGCUACAAUGGAGCUGACAACGUGAUUAGUAUAAAAGCCGGUUUGAAAGCUCGCGCUCCGGUGCUCCCAGCUGCUGCUCGGCACCGUUUUAACAUCAGACUGCAGCACGAGGGAGGGCUGAAGGGAUCAAGAUGCACUCAGCGAGCUUCAUACCCAUCCUUUUACUUCAGCUGACUUUCCUCGCGGUGUUGCAUGGUGCAAAAUGGACGUACAAUGGGCCAGAAGGAGAGCACCACUGGUCAAAGCAUUAUCCAUACUGUGGGGGAGCGUUCCAGUCUCCCAUAGACAUCAAGUCAGAGCUGCUGAGGUUCGACCCAACUUUACGUCCAAUUGAGAUCCAAAACUACAAGCUGUCGCCAAAUGAGCAGCUGACACUUGGAAAUAAUGGGCAUUCUGUACAAAUAUCGCUUCCGUCUAAGAUGCACAUCUCCAGCCUGCCUCAUCGCUACACUGCAGCUCAACUCCAUUUUCACUGGGGCUCGUCCGGCAGACCCUCAGGCUCUGAGCACACGGUGAACAGUAAGCAGUACGCAGCCGAGAUGCAUGUAGUACACUUCAAUUCAGACAAGUAUCCCAAUAUGUCCAUGGCUGUAGACAAAUCUGACGGCCUGGCUGUGCUGGGUGUCCUGAUCGAGGUUGGAGAGUUCAAUCCAGCAUUUGAACAGUUUCUGAGGUUCAUCAACGGUAUCAAAUACAGGGAUCAGCGAGUGCAGGUGCCCGGUUUCAACAUCAGAGCUCUGCUGCCGGCACGUUUGGACGAGUUUUACCGCUAUGACGGGUCCCUGACGACUCCUCCGUGCUAUCCCAGUGUCCUGUGGACAAUUUUCAGGAAUCAUGUUACAAUUUCUCGAAAACAGUUUUUAGACAUGGCAACAGCCCUCUACUCGUCCCAUGCCCAGGAAUCGUCCCCCGUGCCUCUAAAUGGUAACUUCAGGAAACCGCAACUUGUCGACAGCCGGGUGGUGCUGGUAUCUUUUAAAGAGGGCAGAGGACUGCAAAGUACUCGGACAGUCACAUCUCCACUCAUGAGGAAGCGAGUCGUUCAGCAGCUGCUCGUCGGUGACCUAGCAGACCUGGCUGAUGAAGGGCUCUAUCAACUCCUACCAAGUGCUUCAGAGAAGGUCCAUGCUGGCAAGAAGAAAGACCUCAAGAACCAGCACUCUCCGGCCAAAUCCAAACAACACACGCUCAAUCCAUCUUUGAAGAAGAAGAGCCAGAACCACCGCCCUGUGGGAAAGCUCGGGCUGGCUGAAGAUGCACUGUGCUACAUCUCACUGGAGCACAACGUUUUACAUCAGCUCAAACUAUCUCACGCUGAGAACCAGCUGGUUCAGGCUCUCAGAGAUGAAGCUCUCCCCAAGCUGAAUCUAAAGAGCUACCUGGACUGUAAGUCAGACUUAGCCCUCCCCACUAUCAGAAACAUUCUGCGUGGACGACCAACAGAUGAGGCUUUUGAGUUAGAUCGCUCCCUGACAAAAGCCUUGAUGACCAAGCAAAAGACUUCCCCAGCAAUCAAACCAAGUGUGCCAGGGAAAAACCAUGGCAUCUCCCCCUCUCCUUCUGUUCCCAGGAAGCCACACAGCCAGGGUUAUCCACAUCCUUGGCUUUUGCCAAUGGAGUGGGAAGACUAGAUUCUUGGCAUAGUUGCAUCUCACAUUAUGUCACUUUGUGUAGCAGUCAUGAGUUAUGACUGAGUCACGAAAUGAAAGACUAGUUUUCAAGCGAGGCCCUGCAAUUCUUUGACCCAUCUUUCUUACAAAUGUAUUUAACAUUAACUUAUUUUUUCUACACUUCAUUAUAAUAACAUUUCUAACAGAAAAAGUUGUAACUUACUGUAGUUAUGUUUUUUUGCAAACAAACGCCAAUUUAUAACCAGUCAUCCCCAGUGAUUGUGCUUGUUGGGGAAAUAUUUUCCAAGGUCCAUAACAUUGAUCCAGUUUAUCAGUUCAAACUUUC